GCCUUGCAUGCGCAAUCCUUCUAACAUGGCUGAGCCUGGCGCAAUGUCGGGACGAUGCUCACGACACAGCGAAACUUCUUGCGGACCCACCGCGUGGGCCAGCAGUAAAACCAGUGUAUCCAGGUCAAGCAGUGGAGCCAUUUACCAUCGAAACCGCAACGGGGCCCUUCACAUUUGACCCGCGCAACGCCACGCGCGCGGCCAUCGUCCAUGUGUUCAACCCGCUUGACCCCUUCCAGCGGGCCAUGUGGUCUGACUGGUCGCUGCGGAUGUUCCUGCGCCAGGCGCCACUGUACGGCGCCGACUACGUACUGGCGCCGUACGUCACGAGGCCCGACGCAGCAGUUGACGUGUCGUACUGGAUGUACAGCCGCCUCAUUGGAGCGGCGCGUGACGUGUACGGCAGCAACGAGACGACGGACGAGGAGCUGCGGAAGCGGGUGUUUGCCCACGUGCGUCUCGCGGUCAGCCCGGGUUUGGGCAUCAACGACCAGGUCGAUGCCGUCCAGUCGCAGUGGACACAGGACAUGCGUGUGCUGCAUGCCCGGCUCGCGGACUCCCCCGCGGCAGCAGUAGCAUCAGCUGCCGGCAGCCGCGGUAGCAGUAGCAGUAGCAGUAGCAGUAGUAGCAGUAGCAGCGGUAGCAGCGGCAGCAGCGGCAGUAGCAAGAGUCUCAGGCGGAGCGCGGCUCGCAGUCUGGACCGCAUCCGCCAGGCUGCCCAGCGUCGUGCCGCCGCCGCCACUGGUGACGCGGCUGCGAUGUGGGCGGCAACCGUGCAGGCGGCGGGAGCUUCGGCCACAUCCGGCAGUAGCAUUCGCAACAGCAAUGCAGCAGCCAGCUACGACGAGCAUGCCAACAGACACAGUACAAAACUUAGCGCAACACCAGAAGCUGUAGCUGAGAUAGAUGAGCUGGUCAUUCCUCGUUUGGACGGCUGGUACGGUUGGAUCCCAAGCCCGGCCGCCGUGUCGCCCCCGGGGCAGCCGGCGCCGCUGGUGGCCCUCCCGCCGCGCCGCUCCCCCUGCGACCCCUUUUGGGUGGCGGCGUCAGCGGCGUCAGUGGCCGCAGCUGCAGCUGCUGGCAGGUAUGGUGUGGAUGGCGGUGGUGGCGGCAAGCAGGCGGAAGAGGAGAUGGCGGUGGGCGGGCCGCGGCUUGCCGGGUCGUGGGUGCUGGUGUCGAAUGCCAGCCGCGACCCCGGCGACGGCUACUGUACCUACACACGCAUCCUGCUCAACAUGCAGGCAGCGGGCGCGGCGGGUGUGGUGCUUAUGGCGAGUCCGGACGGUGAUGUGGAGGUUAUGGCCCCAGAGGGCGAGACGGAGGCGGCGGAAUUCGGGGGCGCAGCCAACGGCGCCGGGGCAACAAACGGCGCGGCCAGCGGCGCAUCCGCGACUCACGGCGCUUGGCACAUCGCUCGCGGCCGCCGUGUCAGCAGUAGCGCUGAUGCUGCCCAUGCCCAUUUCCAUGCGCAUGCGAGGCCGGGUGCUGGUGCUGGGGCAGUGUCGGCGGGGGAGGCGGAGGAGCCGCAGCCGUACAUUCCGGGGACCAUGGUGUCGUACUACGACGGUCUGGAUCUGCUGACGCUGCUGGCGGCGGCGGCGGCGCGCAACACAAGCGGCGGGGUGGUGGUGGAGUUUGGCACGCAGCAGAUCCCGGGCGCCUGGCUGGUGGCUGAUCCCGAGGGGGGGCUGGCGGAGGCUGGCUGGGCGGCGCUGCCGCUGAUGGCGCACGCGGGCUGGGCGGCCUGGUGGCACGUGUACCUGGGCCGACUGCGCGAGGACCUGCGGCGCAGCAACCAGCGCGGCGACGAGGUGGUGCACGUGAUGCAGAAGCAGAGCAUCGCGGGCCCGCAUGGCGCCUCCACCACCGCGCUGGUGCCUCGCGCCCCCGCCGCGCGCUUCUCCCGCAUGCAGCUCAACCUGGCCCUGGGCUGUGAGGGCGCGCGCUUCGACGCCGGCUGCCCCGCCUGGGACCACAUGGUGCAGCUGUUCGUGUGCUGCGAGCCCACGGAGGAGCGGCAGCGCGCCGCCUGCGCGGCCUGCCCCACCACCCUGUGGAGGCCGCGAGGCCUGGGAGGAGCUGUGGAGGGCAGUGCUGGCGGUGGGGGAGGAGAGGGAGGGGAGGGAGGGGAGGGAGCAGUUGGGAGGCAGGGAGGCGAGCAGGAGGCGGUUUGUGGGGUGGAGCUGGGGCGCUGGGCGACGCCCUUCCGGCGGCGUGUGGGGCGCUGGAUGACGGACGUGAGCCCCAUGCUGGCGGCACUGGGCGGCGGUGGCAAGUGUAAGUUCACGGCCCAGACGACGCCGUGGGCCGACGGCAACUGGACCGUCACCCUGGAGCUCAGGCUGGGCAGCGGGCCGCCCGCCGCCACUGCUACUGACGCCACUGCUACUGCCGCCACUGCUACUGCCGCCACUGCUACGGCCGCCACUGCUACUGCCGCCACUGCCACGAGCGCUACUGCCGCCAGCGUUACUGCCGCCACGGAUGCGGCAGAUCAUGCUACAGCCUCAGAUCGCCGGGUCAUGCAGCCUGAGCAGCAGCUUGGUGUGAUGCAGCAGGAGCAGGAGCAGGGCAUGGAAAGAGCUACAGCUGGCGCCCGCGGCAGCAGCACUCGCACAGUCGCCCAGGGCACCGCACUCGCGGACGCUCGGGCCGCGGACCGCCGUCGUCGCAUGGCCCUGGCAGGUGCUGCCUCUGCCGCACGCGCCCUCAGCACCAUCAGCCGCGGCAGCGCGGAGCUCCGCAGCCCCAGCAAGGACGCGCCGCUGCGGCCCUUCAGCUACCUUCCGCUCUUCGGCAGUGCGCCCUUCGACUCCCAGUACAACGCCGGCCGCCAGCCCGCCGCCUUCCCCACGCCGCCCACCGCGCGCGCCGCCGCCCUGGUAGGCUACGUGACCGGGCACGGCUCCGAGCCGGAGGCGGGCUGCGCCGAGUUCUGCCCCGUAAGCCACACGCUGUACGUCAAUGGCCGAGAGGUGGCUGUGUUGAACUGGACCGACGCGGGCACGGAGUGGGGCUGUGCCGAUGAUGUGCUGUACGGCGGCGUGCCAAACCAGCACGGCACAUGGUACUACGGACGCGGCGGCUGGUGUGAUGGGGCUGCCGUGCGGCCCUGGGUCGUGGACAUAACCGACGCAUUACUUCCGCCGCCGGCGCGGAGCGCUGGUCAUCUGAUUGGCGGGGCGGGGGCGGGGGCUGCAGCACCCAACAACACGUUGUGGAUCAAGGGCCUGGGACCGGGCGGCAGGGAGCCGCGGGACCCGCCCGCGGACGCCGGGUCGGCCUACAUCAUGAUGUCGACCGGCGUGGUGUGGUAUGAGUAGGGCGAGGGUAUGAGCGCGAUGAGGCAGGGAUGGGGGAUGGCGCUGGGCGUGGGCGUACGAAACGUUGUGAGGCAGGAGCGCGGAGGAAUGAAGCGGCUUGCCAGGCGAUAGAAUGAACCACCGACAUGAAGCCAGUCAGCCACCGCAGCCUGUGCAUGAGUGGACGCGGCCACUUGGCCGAAUUACGCGCGCUGACAUCUGAGCAUAGGUCAAGCACAUUCGCAACACUCGUCAUUAGCUGGGGGCCGGAGCCAAAGCAAAGGGAAUCCCUUCCCUGAUCGCAUCCACGUGGAUUAGGUUCGGAGAGGUGCAAUACAAUGAGUCAACGACGACUCGAGGUGGGGGCGCUGAUCACGCUGUUGGUCAUGUACGGCACCGGUAGAUUGCAUUGGUUACAAGAGGGACCUGCUGACGCGGUUCACGAGCCACCGGUAGUACUUGCAUGAUGCUGGCGCGCUGAUGACUUCCGUAGUACAGCUC